CCCGCCCCAUUGCGUCCCACCCACCGCGUCCCCUCCCCUCUAGCUGCGGGAAAAGCGGCCGCGGACGCGCGUCUAGCUGUGGGGCGGGCGGAGCGCGGCGGCGGAGGACACCAUGAGAGCGCGGCGGGGGCCUUGGCCCUGGCCGCUCUGGGCAGCUCUGCUGGCGCUGGGGGCGCUGGCGGGCGUCGGCGCGGGGGUCGGAGGGCCCAAUAUCUGUACCACAAGAGGGGUGAGCUCCUGCCAGCAAUGUCUGGCUGUGAGUCCUGUGUGUGCCUGGUGCUCCGAUGAGGCCCUGCCUCUGGGCUCACCCCGCUGUGACCUGAAGGAGAAUCUGCUGAAGGAUAACUGUGCCCUAGAGUCCAUCGAGUUUCCCGUCAGUGAGGCCCAAAUCCUGGAGGCCAGACCUCUUAGUGACAAGGGUUCCGGAGAUGGCUCCCAGGUUACUCAAGUCAGUCCCCAGAGGAUUGCUCUCCGGCUACGGCCAGAUGACUCGAAGAAGUUCUCCAUCCAAGUGCGGCAGGUGGAGGAUUACCCUGUAGACAUCUAUUACCUAAUGGACCUGUCUUACUCCAUGAAGGAUGAUCUGUGGAGCAUCCAGAACCUGGGUACCAAGCUGGCCUCCCAAAUGCGCAAGCUCACCAGUAACCUGCGGAUUGGCUUUGGGGCCUUUGUGGACAAGCCUGUGUCACCAUACAUGUACAUCUCCCCACCAGAGGCACUCAAAAAUCCCUGUUAUGAUAUGAAGAAUGCCUGUUUGCCUAUGUUUGGCUACAAACACGUGCUGACACUGACAGACCAGGUGACUCGCUUCAAUGAGGAAGUGAAGAAGCAGAGUGUGUCACGGAACCGGGAUGCCCCAGAGGGUGGCUUUGAUGCCAUCAUGCAGGCUACAGUUUGUGAUGAAAAAAUUGGCUGGAGGAAUGAUGCAUCUCAUUUACUGGUUUUUACCACUGAUGCCAAGACCCAUAUAGCAUUGGAUGGAAGACUGGCAGGCAUUGUCCAGCCCAAUGAUGGGCAAUGUCAUGUUGGCCCUGACAACCGUUACUCUGCCUCCACUACCAUGGAUUAUCCCUCUCUGGGACUGAUGACUGAGAAACUAUCUGAGAAAAAUAUCAAUUUGAUUUUUGCAGUGACUGAAAAUGUAGUCAAUCUCUACCAGAACUACAGUGAGCUCAUCCCAGGGACCACAGUGGGGGUUCUGUCCACUGAUUCCAGCAAUGUCCUCCAGCUCAUUGUUGAUGCUUACGGGAAAAUACGCUCUAAAGUAGAGCUGGAAGUGCGAGACCUCCCUGAGGAAUUGUCUCUGUCCUUCAAUGCCACCUGCCUCAAUAAUGAGGUCAUCCCAGGCCUCAAGUCUUGUGUGGGACUCAAGAUUGGAGAUACGGUGAGCUUCAGCAUUGAGGCCAAGGUGCGCGGCUGCCCCCAGGAAAAGGAGAAGUCCUUUACCAUAAAGCCUGUGGGCUUCAAGGACAGCCUCACUGUCCAGGUCACCUUCGACUGCGACUGCACCUGCCAGGCCCACGCCGAGCCUUACAGCCGCCGCUGCAACGAUGGCAAUGGGACCUUCGAGUGUGGGGUGUGCCGCUGUGGGCCCGGUUGGCUCGGGUCCCACUGCGAGUGCUCAGAAGAGGACUACCGCCCGUCUCAGCAGGAUGAGUGCAGCCCCAAGGAGGGCCAGCCCGUCUGCAGCCAGAGGGGCGAGUGCCUCUGUGGCCAGUGCGUCUGCCACAGCAGUGACUUUGGCAAGAUCACCGGCAAAUACUGCGAAUGCGACGAUUUCUCCUGUGUCCGCUACAAGGGGGAGAUGUGCUCAGGGCAUGGCCAGUGCAGCUGUGGGGACUGCCUGUGUGACUCCGACUGGACUGGCUACUACUGCAACUGCACCACACGCACCGACACCUGCAUGUCCAGCAAUGGGCUGCUGUGUAGCGGCCGGGGCAAGUGUGAAUGUGGCAGCUGCAUCUGCAUCCAGCCAGGCUCCUAUGGGGACACUUGUGAGAAAUGUCCCACUUGCCCGGAUGCCUGCACCUUUAAGAAGGAGUGUGUGGAGUGUAAGAAGUUUGACCGGGGAGUCCUUCAUGAGGAAAACACCUGUACCCGUUACUGCCGUGACGAGAUCGAGUCUGUGAAAGAGCUUAAGGACACUGGCAAGGAUGCAGUGAACUGCACCUACAAGAAUGAGGAGGACUGCGUUGUCAGAUUCCAGUACUAUGAAGAUGCUAGUGGGAAGUCCAUCCUGUAUGUGGUGGAAGAGCCAGAGUGUCCCAAGGGUCCUGACAUCCUUGUGGUCCUGCUCUCAGUGAUGGGGGCUAUUCUGCUCAUCGGCCUCGCAACUCUGCUCAUCUGGAAGCUCCUCAUCACCAUCCAUGACCGGAAAGAGUUUGCUAAAUUUGAGGAAGAACGAGCCAGAGCAAAAUGGGACACAGCCAACAACCCGCUGUAUAAAGAGGCCACGUCCACCUUCACCAAUAUCACCUACCGGGGCACUUAAUGACAAGAGGUCAUCAUCAGAUCAUCAUCAGACUAUGCCAGAUGAUGGGCAUCUCUGCCGUCAUGUUUACAGAGGACAGCAUUUGUGGGGCGGGAUUUGGGCUUAGAGUGGGGUGGGCUGGGAGGAUGUCAGUAUUUGGAAGUAUGUGUGUGUCUGUGUGUGUGUCUGUGUGUGUGUGUGUGUAACACGUGGGGGAAAGUUUAAUUUAAAAUUUGUGAUGUGUCCCCAGAGCACAGCUCCUCAGCCUUUGUUCUCAGAUGCCUCCUGCAGGCACGAGUCCUGCUUGGCCUGAGGGUGGCAUGGAGCUGAGGAGGUGUUCUUCAUUACCUCAGUGAGAAGCCAGCUUUCCUUAUCAGGCCAUUCUCCUUAAAGGAAAGGGCAGCGCCGAGGCUUCUCAUUUCAGAGAAAAGGAUGCCAAGCCUGGCUCAGUCCUGAGCUUGUAAGUUUAUGGCUGUCGGGCCUGACUCUCAGGAACUGUGGGGCUGUGCAGCCCGGUUUUGUCAUCUGUUUCUGCUUCCUUCCCUUUCCCUCGGGAGUCAGGGGAGAGCUUCCUGUGCCUUUUGCUACCAUCUGAGUCCAGCUAUGGUUCUCUUGUCAGGGAAGUCCUUGCCACCUAAUAUACACUGAUCUGAUGGGCGUGAGGAAGGCAGGGCCACUCAGGGGUCCUGCAUGGCGCCGGGUGUGCCAGCUUCCCCCAGUUCAUAGUCACAGCCCUUUAGAUUUGCCUCCCUGGCAACUCUACCCUGGAGGUUUGGUCACAGUGUCAUCCUUAGACCAGCACCUUCUCUUUCCCUCCCAUUUCCACACCCUUGCUGCUGUAGACAUUUGCUGCAUACUGGGAAUUUCUCUUUGGACCAAUUGCUUUUCUUCCAAGGGAGGGUGCUGUGGUUAGCACCAGAGUCUGGUCCUCCCCUUCAGACUUCUUCGCAUGUCCGAGGCACCUCCUCAACCUAAGCCUGGGCCUCUGUGUGCUACAUCCAUCCAUGGGGUGACUGCGUUUACCUACCUCCUGGGGGUCUUGUGCAGGAGUCAUUCCCAUGAGUCUGUUGACUGUAAGUGCCAGGAUGCAGCCAUGGACCAGUUGGGUCAGCAUGUGUGGCCUCUCUUUCUAUGGGCAGGACAACCUCGUAUUAACUCAGUCUUUAAUUUGAGAGGCCACAAGUGCAAUUUUAUUUUUUUUUUCUCUCGGGAGCACCUGAAACCAUGAUGAGGUUUGCUUACUCUAAAGGAACAUGUAUAUAAACACACUUUAUAUUUGUAAUUUUAUUUGAUGACAAAGGAAAGCAUAAAAAGCCAUGCCGACGGGGGUGCAAAACGGGCACUCCCAUUUGGCAUCAUUCAUGGUAAGUUGCUGCCCAGUUGCUGGGUCUCUAAGGGGCUUUUGAUGCGUGGGAGCCUGUGCGGAUGGAUGUAUGGACAUGCUGGACCUUUCCUGAGGGGGAUGGACUGUUCUUUUGUCCCAGCAAGAGCAAGAGCAAUUGCUCCACUGGUGACUUUCAUCCCAUAUUAAAAACCCGUCUCACCGCCCUCAGAAAAGGAAAGAUCUGUGUAAGGAGAAAAAUCUGAGUCCUGUGUUCGGUGUCACAGCCAAGGAAUCUUUAAUGCUAAUUAGGGCAAGUCAUUUUCUUCUUCCUGGGGCUCAGUUCUCUAGUUGUAAAAAGUAUGGACUUGGACGAGCCAAUCUUGAAGGUCAAAUUUAACAUUCUAAGAUGCUGGAAGCUCAAUGGCAUCAAACAUGAAGUCAAGAUUCUGUGGGGGUGGGAUGGGGCUGGGGUGCAGUUCAGUGGUAGAACCCUUGCCUAGCAUGUGUGAGACCCUGGGUUUGAUGCCAAGCACUGCAUAAAAAUAAAAUCCUGUGGGAUAUUGCUAGUGUUUGCUUUUUAGCUGGAAAAUCUGAGAGCUCUGGCUUUGGCAAGAGCAGAUGCCAUUCCCUGCCAUUCCCUAUCAUUCUUCUCAAGGAGAAUCUCAUCCUCAUCCUAUCCUAUCUCAGAACCCCUUCUCCAACUUUUGUUAGCAGGUAUAUCUCCUGAUGUAGCACUUAAGUUCCACUUAGUUAUUAUGUCUUAGUUAUUUGUGUAUAUUCAAGUCAAUAAGAAAUAGCUGAUUCAGUUGUUAACACUGAGAAUAAGCCUUGAAAUUACAAAUGAGGCUAAUGACUGAGCCCUGUCUCACCUGCACAUUACCCUUACAGUAGGAGAUGGGAAUGUGCGGAAGAACAAAUAACAGAAGGAGAAGGAUGAUCACAAAUCCAAGAAGUUCAGAAGCUAAUUGUAACCUUUGGCUAUCAAGACAGAGUCCAUCAGAGUAGUAGUGGGACAUUUUCUUUCGAUAAGAUGAUUUACAUCAAGAAACUCUAUGGAAGGAAGAAGACAGUGUAUCCCAAGGAUGAAAAAAAUCAUGAAAUCUUAUGUGAGCUUCUGGGAUGAGGCUUAUAGGCCUUGAAGACCAGUGUUGCUUGUUUGCCUGAUAGAUAACAGAGGUUAGUUUUGGCAUAGAGUGAACAUUUAAAUCGUAUUUUGGCAUCAGCAACACAGCACAAAGGGAUUUUGCCCAGCUCUUUUGGGAAUAAUUUUAUGUCCAGUCUCAGGGUCUGUGGACAAGAGUUGGGAAACCUAACAUUCCUGACAAGUUGCUGUAUCAGGAGUCAGAUCUUUACCUCUCAGUCAUUCUUGGACUGUCCAGACACUUCUCUUUGUUAAAUAUUCCUGAAAUUACUUAAGUGCCUUCCUGACCACCUCCUCUGAGUUGUGCAACAGUGAAUUAAAUGUGU